UAUCAACAGAUCUGAAUGUAUCUGCAUAUCAAAUUGUCAGUUUUUUUUUAUUAAAUUAAGGAAAAAUUUUAUACGUAAAGUAAUUAAUAAUGAAUUUAAUUAAAAGGAAAUGAUAAAGAUAAUUAUUAUUGUAUUAAUAAUGAUAAUCAGUGAUGUAAAUAAUGAAGAAUUGAAUAAUAGUACAGAAAUAUCAAAACCAGAUGAUAAUGAAGAACCUAAAGUAUGGACACACUGGACAAAAUGGUCAGGUUGUAGUGUAACAUGUGGUAUCGGUCAUAUUAAACGUAAUAGAUAUUGUCUAGUUGGUGGUUGCGGUUUGAAUGAAAAACAAUCACAAUUAAGAACAUGCACAUUGCCAACAUGUUCAACUCAAGCACGAAAAGCUAAACUAUGGGACCAUUGGGGCAAAUGGUCAUGCUGUAGUGUAACAUGUGGCCCAGGUAAAAUGACACGAUGGAGACAUUGUGUUUCUGGUGGAUGUUCUAUUGGUGAAAAAGAAGCCCAAAUAAAAUCAUGCCAAGACAAACCAUGUAUUAAUUACAAUUAA